GAGAAACAGCAAAUAAGUAAGAGGUAAGAAAUACUGACGUCACGAUGGCCUAUAACAUGCGCCUGAUCGCUCACGUGGCUUGUGGUUGUGCCGCUCUGUCGUUAUCACUCCUGACGAUUGGAUUCGCCACUCCCGGCUGGCUCGUUGUCAGAGUAACGCCCAAGGACACUUCUAUAUGGAAUUUCAAUCAUAAGGACAGAGAGUUGACAGUGUACGUGAGCGUGUUUUUCGCGAGGUUCUGUACCAACCAACUGUGUGUAAUGACCAGCAUACAGGAUGGUAUGGCCAAGUCGGAGCAGAAUAUGGUCCACAAACACCUGUCUAGAGGUUUGAGUUGGAACAUUGAGAUACAGGUGGAGUCGGUCAUCACAUUAUUCUGCGGACUGGUCGGACUCGUCCUCCUCAUAACAUUCAACAGAACCAAGGCAACGAAAAAGGGACUUGGCAUUGCUGGACUCUUCUGUCACUUGGUCUCAGCUAAUCUGGUGACCGUUCUCAUACUGAAAAUGGCAGCCAUUAACGGCCAGAUGGAAAUGUACGAGGAUAAUGAGCUCCAUUUUGAGGUAUGGACACCGUAUUCUAUCGCCAUUAUCGGAGCUGGAGGAUUGAUGUCCUACUUCACGUCUCUGUUCUGUAUCGUCAUGGUCUGUGUGCAGCAGUCGAAAAACGUCCCGAUAGUCGUGGAGGAGGAGGACAUGCAAGGGAACAAUCAACAUCCGAAUGGCAAUUGCGUCCGUUCUAAUUCAAACGGCUAUUCUGUAAUUCUACAAGACUUUCAUACGUGUAGUACCAUUCCAGAAUCUUCUACCACCGAAUCAUUAAGAUAAAACCUUUAAAAUAUUCUAUAUUUUUGUGUUCCGACAUCUGUUACUACAUACAUAUGGGAAACUUUUGCGACAUGGAGUAAUUCGUGUAUUGUAACUCGUUGAUGUAUUACGUAGAGUAACCUUGUGGUACUAUAAAUGAAUGACGUAACAAAAAUAACGCUUUAUUGCAUUGGUCAUAAAUGUACAUGUAUCAUUUCACCUACUGAUUCUGUAAAGAAAUGUCUCGAUGGUACAUAUUCAUUCCUAUGAUUAUAUGACAGACAUGUGUUCCUCACUUAGUGACACAUUAGACUACUAAGUAUAUGUACAAAUAAUGGGUGAACCCUAUGGCAAGCCAACUUAACAUUUAUU